AUGGACGACACCAUAGAGACCGUUGAGCAGCCGAUUGAGCCCAAGCCCGCUCCGCCAAAACUCAAGACCGGUAUAAUUCCACAGCGGACGAUGGCGGGCUCCAAAACGAACAGGACGGUGAGCUCAAAGUCGAAGUCGAACCCUUCGACGGACCCAGGCACGAAAAGUCCGUCAGCGGCGGCCGCAAGGACGACAACUGGUAGCACUCUGAAUAAACCUCCUACCCGACCUACCGCAGGGUCAACGCUUAGAAAGACAACGGCCAGCUCAACCAAUGCUGCCACCAGUCAUCAGCCACGAGCUUCUAUCAGCAUAGUCGACGAGAGCACAAAGUCCGUCACGUCUGGGGAUGACAUGAAGUCGAAACCAGCGUUAGGAGCACCAAAGCGACUGUCGGUGGCUGGGCCAACUAAUACUAGCAGGAGUGCCCCUGAGAAGAAGCCGAUUAAUCAACCUCCGAUCAUUUCUGAAAGAAAGACAAUUGGUAGAGCAAGCGCUGCUUCUCCUACGAAAACCUCACGACCACCAAGUGCUGCUUCUCGGCCAACUACGAAAUCGAGCGUCUCAUCUCUACGUGCUGCUGGCGUUGUAGAUGUCAAGAAGAGGCUAAGCACUUUUCCUGCUUCUCCGACGAGUAGACACGUGAUAAAACAAGAAGAGGAGAAAGAAAAUCGUCUGCCAUCUAUACCAGCGAGCUCGAAAGGCAAAGGCCUGGUAAGGCCUUCCCUCGGCACACGCCAGUCUACCCGCUCUGCCGCUCUUCAGCAAAAAAUUCGUGAAUACGAGCUUGUCAACGAGAUGCUUCAGGCAGCAAUGGCGGCAGAAGAUGCUGGCGAUGAUGAUCAGAAAGAAAACUUGACCACGGAGGUGGGCCAGGCAAUCAUACAUCUAAAGGCGAACCUUGAGGUAACUGAGGAAGCUUCAUCUGCUGAGAAGUCUACUAUGAUACACCAGUCAGCUGAAAGUAUGUCGAUCUUGGAGAGCCAACUCCAAGAUAGCAAGGCUACCAUAGAGAGUCUGAAACAGGAGGUGGAGGAGCUACGGGCCAGAAAAGUAGACUCUGCCAGUUCUGCUCAAAUCGGUGGUGGAGAUGCCAAAAGCGAGGCUGAAUCAAUUAGCCUACUCCAUAUUGCUGAGGUCGACAAAUUGAAAAAGGAAUAUGAGCUUGAAAUCUCAUCACUACAUCAAAAGCUCCAAGAGUUGAAGCUGGAGCAGCAAGAGAGAGCAGAACAGUCAAUUAAAGAACUGGAAGACGCAAAAAAGACAGCCUUGGAAGCUGGUGAUACAAAGAUGAGUCAGCUGCUAGAGGAACAGAAGUCCAUUCACAGCAAGGCUGUUCAAGCGUUAGAGAAUGAUCUCGCUUUGGAGCGAAAGGCAAUCAAAGAGUCUGCGGAUAAGGUCUCGCUCCUUCAACAAGAAAUCGAACAACAUAAGCGGGACCUUGCUACAGCCACCUCUCACGCUGACGAGUACAGGAAGACCAUUAAAGCUCGUCAAGACGAGAUUGCCACUCGAGAACGUGAGCUGCAAGGUCGGGGAGAUGUCAUUAAGAGCCUUCAGGACGAGAUUGUGGCUCUCCAGCAAGCUAAGAUCGAUGAAGCAGCAGGCUUGAAGCAGUCUUCAGCGAAGCGGGUAGCUGAACUGGAGGUGCAGAUAGCUACGUUAAGAUCUGCAAUAGAUCGGUCGUCUGAAGAAUCUGCUUUAUCUGAAGAGCGUACGCAGGAAGAGUUGGUCCGCAAGGAGCAGGAGAUUUCGAAAUUGGGUCAAGUCAUUGAGCGUCUCCAAAGUGAAGUCCAGAGUGUACAUGAGUCCAAAUCGAAUGAGCUCGAUGUGCAAUUGUUGAAGAUUCGGCAAGAGCAUGACCAGAUCAUCAUGGCGCUGAAGGCCGAACAUCAACUCAGCAUUGAUGGACUUGCAAAAUCUCACAAUCAUGUAGUUGAAAAGCUUAGUGACGAGGCGCGAAACAAUCGUACUGCCCAUGAAAGACAAAUUCAAGAACUGAACAACCAAAAAUCGGAUAUCCAGAAGAGCCUGGAGGACGCCAUGAACUCCUUGAAAGACUCCCAGGCAGAGACUGGAAAACAGAUGCAGGAACUAGAGCUGAAGCACAACGAAGCCUGUAGAGCAGCGAAUGAAAAGGUGCUGAAAGCCGAGAAAGAUCUGGCCGAGUCCCAACAGCUACUUGAGCAGGUGAAGGAGGACGCGGAGCGUGCGACGAGUGAGAAGAUGAAGACGCUAGAGGAGAAGACGCAAGCUCUAGAAGAUCAAUCUUGCAAAGAUGCGGCUGCCAUUAAGGAUGCGCGCAGUGAGCUCGAAGCAGCACAGGAACAAGUAGAGACCUUGAAACAGGCCAUGAUGACAAUUGAGAAGGAAUCUCAAGGCAAAGAAGAGCAUCAUACUAACACCUUGAAGAAGGCCAUCGCUGAGGCUGAAGCCGCCACAAAAAGUCUCUCUGAAAACUCUGCGAGACUUGCUUCAGCUGAAGCGGAUCAUGUCAAGGCAGUCAAAGAUCUUCGGUCGAGCCAUGAAGCUGAGCUGGGACAUGUUCGCAACGAGCUCACCCAAAAGCACGAUACCGCCUUGCAGGAACUGAAGGCGAAGCAUGAUGAGUUAUUGGCCAGUCAAAAGAAUCUGGAGAAGACCCAGAAAGACGAGUUAGAGCAAAUCAAGGCAGAGCACGAGCGAGGUUUAGAUGAUUCUGCGAAGAAGAUUGUGGAUCUCCAGCAAACACAUCUCCAGAAAAUAGAAGAGGUUAAACGUCAAGCUACUGACGAGCACUUCGAGACAUUGAAACAGCUGGAGGAAGAGUUCUCGAAGAAAGCUGCGGAGACAGAGCAUUCACAUAACGUUGCACUGGAUAACCUUCAGUCGACCCACGAGAUGGCUUUGCUUGUUCUGAGAGUUCAGUUACAAGAUAACUACGUGAAGAGCGAUGCCAGAGCAAAAGAGUCCCAUGACGCAAUUGUGAAUGAUCUGCAGGCACAGUUGGACCGACUGAAGGACGACCUUGCAAAAGCUCAGCUUGAGGUCAAAAAAGCAUCUGAGCCACGCGAAGAUCCGGAAUUGGAAAAGCUAAGGAGUAACUUGCAGGCUUCUAACGAUGCUUUGGCAGCUGCGCAGUCUGAAGCAGCAAGACUCGCAAAUGACGUCGAAGACAUGAAGCAACAACUUGAUCAAGACCAAAAGACCAUUACGAUGUUGGAAAACGCUGCUAGAGAAGCCAGCAAAACUCGAGAGAACACAUCGUCCCGCGAGGCUCAUAAACUGAGAGAACAGCUAGACGGCGCCCUACAAGAGGCGGAAACACAGCGCGCAAGCUCGGACAUCGCCAAUGAAGAGUUUCGAGAAAGCACCGAGAGACUGAAACAAUACAAGACCCGUAUUGACGAAUUGGAAGCAAGACUUCAGGCUGUGAACGAGAAGCCCGACGUUGAACUCAAGAUCAGCACUCCGAACAGCGCUCGAAAACGCAAAGGCUAUAAGGGAAGCAAAAAUAGUCCAAGGUUGAGCCAAGGUAGUUGGGGUCCUGAGCAAGAGAACAGAGAAGUGGCUGGCAGUCCCGUGCAGGAAGAGGGAGGUGAGAAUUUUGGCUCCUCCAUACAGGGCUCGAUGGCCAGCAUACGCGAGCAGCUUCGGCAGUUAGAUGAGGUGAAUGAGGACAUGCUAGAAGGACAUGCAAGGAUGGCGAACAUGCUGUCCAAUGUUCCCGAGUCACCGAUUCCCUCUCCAUCAACAACAACCACCGCGGGUUGA